CUCCACGACGCUUGAUCCGCACACUGUUUUACUUCCACGUAACUACUGCUGGUCGGCAGGUAGCAGUUGAGCGAGGUACCGUGAACUCGGUCCGCUGAUUCCGACGCGAACGUUCCUCCGUACUCGACACGUGGAAUCGUCGAUUACAAGGCGUCUCAGACGCAUCGCGUCGUUGACAUUUCUCGCGUGUACAUCACUUAUGGUUUUUAUUUCUCCCUUUGACUCGUGAUUUACCAGACGACUUUAUCUUCCUUUCGUCGGGGGCUUCGUCACCGGAACACAAAUGACCGGAGACGGGACCAACAUGGCGUACCACGGACUAAGUCAACACGUUAAUUUCGACGUGAUACCCGAUCCAGGCGGGCGUUUUCAAUUGGAAGAACUGAUCGGUGAGGGUACAUACGGUGAGGUAUACGCCGCUUACGACAAAGAAACCAAUAGCAAGGUGGCCAUCAAAAUACUAGAAAAUGUUGCCGACAACAUCGAGGAGAUCGAGGAGGAGUACUUAGUGCUGAGAGAUUUGAGCCAGCACCCAAAUAUCCCUCUCUUUCAUGGUUUAUUUCUGAAACGAGCGAAGCCCGGUCAGGAGGAGGAUCAAUUAUGGUUCGUGAUGGAGUUGUGCACCGGAGGCUCCGUGACCGAUCUCGUGCAGGGUCUCAAAAAACGCAGCAGUCGCUUAACGGACGACCAGAUAGCUUAUAUCUUGAAAGAAACCGUCGAGGCCCUCAUCUUUCUACACAGUAAUCAUUGUAUGCACCGCGAUGUCAAGGGUCACAAUAUCCUGCUCACUGAAGAAGCGCGCGUCAAAUUGGUCGAUUUCGGCGUAUCGUCGCACCUGGCUGCGACGCUCGCUAGAAAAAACACAUCUGUCGGAACGCCGUAUUGGAUGGCACCGGAGGUGAUAGCCUGCGAGCAGCAACUGGACUCGUCGUAUGACUCACGCUGCGACGUCUGGUCGGUCGGUAUCACCGCGAUCGAGUUAGCUGAAGGCGAUCCACCUUUGUCGGAAUUGCACCCUAUGCGUGCGCUCUUUCAAAUCCCGCGGAACCCACCACCCUCGUUGAAGACCCCAGACAUAUAUUCGUCGGAACUGACGGACUUUAUAGCCGAGUGCUUAGUGAAAGAUCUCGAGCAUCGGCCGUUCGCCAGCGAACUGAGGGAGCACCCUUUGCUAAUGAACGUGGAGCCGAAAGUAGAAAGGAUUAGGGGACAGCUGAGAGAAGAGAUUCGCAGGCAGAGAUCGGAGGGUCGUGUCCACCGGCAGCCGGAGGUGACCACUAAGCACGGCAAAUUGAAGACAGACCGCAAGACCAGACCCGAGAAAAUGUAUAUGGACGAUCUGGCGGCGCUCGACAUGCUAUCGGAAGAAGCGAUUGUCGAGCAAUUGCAGCACCGAUACGAGCAAGCGCAGAUCUACACGUACAUCGGCGACAUACUGGUCGCCGUUAAUCCCUUCACCAAUCUCGGCUUAUACACCGGCAUCGAGCAGAAACGAUACAAAGGCCAGGCAAGAUCGGAUAAUCCUCCGCACAUAUUCGCGGUCGCCGACGCAGCUUACCAAGCGCUGCUCCACCAACGUCAGAACCAGGCGAUCGUUAUCAGUGGCGAGUCCGGAGCCGGCAAGACGGAGAGCGCAAAUUUGCUGCUGAAGCAGCUUGUGUAUCUCAGCAAGGCGCCAAAUCGUAAUCUGGAGGAAAGGAUACUUCAGAUUAACCCUAUAAUGGAGGCAUUCGGUAACGCCACGACUGGCAUCAACGCCAACUCCUCCAGAUUCGGCAAGUAUUUGGACCUCACGAUGACGAAGGCGGGGAAAGUGACUGGCGCCCGGAUUUCGGUGUACCUAUUGGAGCAGUCGCGAGUGGUCGCUCAAGCCGAAGGCGAGCGGAACUUCCACAUUUUCUAUUACAUGUACGAUGGCUUGGAGGCAGACAAUCGUCUUUCGGAAUUUUACCUCGAUCCCACGCUUCGGAGGUAUCAUCGAUACCUCACACACCAUAGUCACACAUCGCAGACUCACAUCGACAAGUUUCAACAGCUUAAGGUGGGCUUCAAAGUGCUCGGGUUUCAGGACAGCGAAGUAGACACGGUGUAUCGAGUUUUGGCCGCUAUACUGCAUCUGGGUGACAUCGAAUUCGCCGAAGUGGCAACCGAGGACAACACCGACAAUAAAAGCCGAGUUAUCGACACCGCUCCGUUGCGUAUAGUUUCGAAGCUACUCGGCGUCGAACAGAACGAUCUGUUGGAGGCUUUAACGUCGAACUCGGUCAUGACCAGAGGCGAAACAAUUACACGGAAUAAUACAGUGGCCGAGGCUCGUACGGCGCGCGACGCCAUGGCAAAAGGUCUUUACGGUCGGCUAUUCGAUUGGAUGGUCAACCAGAUCAAUUGUUUGCUAUGCUUCAACCGCUCGCCGAAUUACGAGCCGCUGGCGAUCGGGUUACUCGACAUUUUCGGCUUUGAGAACUUCCCCCGGAACUCGUUCGAGCAGCUCUGUAUCAACAUAGCGAACGAGCAGAUACAGUACUACUUCAACCAGCACAUCUUCACAUGGGAGCAACAGGAGUACAUGGCUGAAGGAAUACCCGUCGACCUGGUCGAGUUCUCUGAUAACCGGCCGGUGCUUGAUAUGUUGCUUAGCAAGCCCAUGGGGCUCUUGGCGCUUCUCGACGAGGAGAGCAGAUUCCCUAGGGCGACUAAUCGAUCUCUGAUCGAGAAAUUUCAUAACAACAUUAAAUCCAAGUUCUACGUGCGACCAAAAUCGGACGCGGUGUGCUUCGCGAUCCAUCACUUCGCUGGUCGCGUAGUCUAUCAGGCUGAGGGUUUUCUCGAGAAGAACAGAAACUUCCUGCCGCCCGAGGUCAUUCAACUGGUUCGACAAUCACAGUACGACAUGGUCCGGUUCUUGUUCCAAUGCCCGAUCACGAAGACCGGUAACCUGUAUUCAGCGUUGCAGGAAAAUGACUCAAGGAAAUCGCAUUCGAACCAAAACACGAAGGAACGUUACUCUAGUCGCGGAUUGGCGUCGCAAUCUAGAGCUCAGCAAACGGUAGCAACGUACUUCCGAUACUCGCUGAUGGAUCUAUUGCAGAAGAUGGUAUCCGGAUCGCCUCAGUUUGUCCGAUGUAUCAAACCAAACGAUUCAAGAAGCCCGCGUUUCUUCGCCAAGGAAAAGGUCGUUAAGCAGCUGAGGUACACCGGUGUCCUCGAGACGAUACGCAUCAGACAGAAUGGAUUUUCUCACAGAAUACCGUUCAACGAGUUCCUUAAAAGAUACUGUUUCCUCGCUUUCGGCUACGACGAACGCGUGAUCGCCAAUCGUGAAAACUGUCGGUUGCUUCUGAUACGCCUCAAGAUGGAUGGUUGGGCGUUAGGCAAAACAAAAGUCUUUCUCAAGUACUAUCAUGUCGAAUUUCUCUCGAAACUUUACGAGGAACAGUUGAGAAAAAUCAUUAUAGUGCAGGCUUGCGUCCGCCGGUGGCUCGCAAAGAUGAGAUUUAAGAAGCAAAAGUGGCAAUUCGCCGUGUCGGUAGUCACGCUGCAGCGUCACAUUAGAGGAUGGUUAUCGCGAAAGCAUACCGAAGAAAUGUUGGCUCAAAGACGCGCAAAAGAGAAAAAUUCAGCCCUUGACUUUAUGCGAGAUAAGGCGAAACGUAAGACUCAGGAAAGCACUGAUAUAAAUAAAUGCGAACGACAAGAACAAGAACGUAAGAAUCUGGAAAAGAACGCCGCAACCAUAAUACAGAGUCAUUUUCGCGGUUACACCAUCCGCAAACGUUUCGGCUACGACCUGGAAGAACGAUUCAAGAGGAUCUUGAAUAACUAUGACAACGUCUACGACGGCCACAAGGCGUUACUGCGAGAAGGAUUGAAGCACGAAGAUGCGGCUCUCAUCGUGCAGAGAUGGUAUAAGAAGGAAGAGAGGGUGAUCAGGAAGAAGCCGACCGCGAAAGACCCAAUACAUCCUAAACUACGACAAGCAGACCUGAUUCAGUUCUCUCAGAAUGUGCACAUGAAGAACCAGGACGUGCAUAAAAAUCUGCGUCGCAACAAGUCCGGCGUCAGAUUAAGCGAUAUCGAAGAGCCACCGCUCGACUACGUGCGUCCUGAAGGAUUCAACAUGGUGCAAUCGAUAUUGCAAUACCGCAGCGGGAUACAGCCGGACGAGGAGAACACCGUCAAGUAUUAUCGGGACUUGAAAGAGGAAAUGAGCAGUGGUUCGGAAUUCGAAGACGACGAAGUUGGCUGGGACUUACCGUUGAUACGGCUAGAAAAUGACCUCCACCCAUCGUCGAGGAAUCGGAAUGGUCAGAUUCUGGAAGUGAAUGCCGAGAGAAGGGAUCGUGCGGCUCAAAGCGAUUUUGCAGUGGCGCCAGAGAAACAUCUGUCAGAUAUCUGGCACAGAGCGCUGAGACAUCCGUCCGAUAUGCACGAAAAAAAGAGCUCCAAGAAAAAUGUCAGUACAAGGAUUAAUGACCUGCAUAUCGGCAACAACAUGCAGUCGCAGGCGGGCAAGCAACGUGAAACCGAUUCUUCGCAUCUCCACGAUCCAGCUGGCCUACGAUCCGUGAUCGACGAUCGAUACCACACCGCGAACGAACGACAGAGCACCCACAACGGACAGAAUCUCGUUAACGGCCAUCAUAAUCCCAUCAGCGAGCAUCAUAUCUCGGUGAACGGUUACGGCAAAGAUAAGACACUCCAUAGGAUAAACAACGGUAUCGUGAGAAACCAAACGGAUCUUUCGAACACCUUGCAAACCGAACUAACCAAUGGCUCGACGACUGUUAACGGUGGCGCCGAGAAGAUCGGGCCGGGUCGGUCAAGCCCUAAGAACGGUUGUCCGACGAAGAAUCACCAGAGCAGCGUGGAUCACAAAAACGGGAUCAACCGGUUAAGCGACGUGAGAGAUAAAUCGACGGACUAUAACAGGCAGACGCAGAAGGAAGAUACGUUCAACAUCGCGGCUAACCUGCGGCAACUUCUGAGACCCACCGUGAUCGAGAAGCGGCAAGAGAUCAGCAAGGUUGAGUAUGACGCGGAAGAUAUCAACGGACCGUACAAUUUCAGACAGUUGCUCAGGCCGACCGAAUACCUUCCGACCGAGUCGUUAAGGAAGAGAAAAGGGGGAUUAGUCUCCAGUAGACUUUUAUUCUCGAAAGAUAAGGUUCCGGAGAAACACGUGAAAAGAAGAGCGCCGUUAGCGCCGACCCAGAACAAAUUGGUCAACGGGAAGAAGUGAUAUAUAUUGCUUAAUGCUACUUUCGAGCACUCUUUCAUUUCAGAAAGAUCCCAUUUUACCGCGUACUCUAUGUUCAAUGAAUGUUCCAACGGAGCCGUAUUAUGGAGCACCGAAUAUUGAUUAUUCAGUUGAUUAGUUAAUUUAUGAUGAUGUGAGAAAAAGAGAGAGAGAGAGAGAGAGAGAGACGUAUAACCGAAUUAUAUUUACUUUACAUUAUUUAUUAUCGUUCCGAGAAUCGUCAUGAGAGUUAGCAAGCGUCUAGAACUAGUCAUUUCUGGCUUUACUUAAAUUAGACGUUCAUCAUCGAUGUAGAUACAAAUAAAUUAUAAUAAAUAUAUCAA